AUCUUCCCCAGGUUUCGUUUCUUCUUUCAAGCACUGACUUUUAAAACCUGCGAUCAUAAGCACGCAGUAACCCUCCCCGAGCCCGCGUCACAGGCCUCCGCUAGCCAGAGCUCUCGCGACCGCUCGGGGGCCGACGCGCUGCCCCUUCCGGCCCGCGGGCUCCGCUCGGCUCUUCCCGGCGCGCUGGGCCUUCGGCUCUUUCCGGAGCCACUUGCAGCAGGCUGCGGAGGCGCUGCGGACGCGGGCUGCAGAUGUCGGACAGGCGGGCGGCUGAGGGGCCGGGCGUCUGGAGCCCCGCAGCCCGCCGAGGGCCGGCGCGCGGCGUCGGGGACGGCCGGGGAGUGGAGGGGAGCCAGGAGGCCGCCUCAGAGAAUGAAGAUCUAGAAGUCACCAAGGUCACCUCUCUAGCAGCUUCUGCCUCUGAUCCAGAACCCCAUUCCUCACCCUACAGGCCACAGAUGGUAUCUCCAGUGAGGGAGGAUGCCACAGAAGAUCAGCAGAAGGCAGCCGGUGCCGUGGAGGCACAGGCCUCGGUGGAACAGGAAUUGCUGUCUGCAGACCAGGCCCAGGUCCUCAGCAAGAUGGCCAAGUACCAUGGUCUGCCAAGGUCUGGGGACAUCGUUAUGAUCCAGUCUGAGCACACAGGAGCUGUAGAUAUUCUUUCAGCUGAUUUGGAAUCUGCAGAUCUUCUGGGGGACCACAGGAGAGUCUCCCCACCUCUGAUGGCUCCUCCGUGCAUCUGGACCUUUGCCAAGAUGAAGGAAUUCAAAAGCAAGCUGGGCAAAGAGAAGAACAGCCGUCUGGUGGUGAAGCGGGGUGAGGUGGUGACCAUCCGGGUACCUACCCACCCAGAGGGGAAGCGUGUCUGCUGGGAGUUUGCGACCGAUGACUAUGACAUUGGCUUUGGAGUUUACUUUGACUGGACCCCUGUAACCAGCACUGACAUAACGGUGCAGGUCAGUGAUUCCAGUGAGGAUGAGGAUGAAGAUGAGGAGGAAGAGGAGGAGAUCGAAGACCCUGUCCCAGCUGGAGACGUGGAGCGAGGCUCCAGGAGCUCCCUGCGGGGCCGCUAUGGGGAGGUCAUGCCCGUGUACCGGCGGGACAGCCACCGAGACGUGCAGGCCGGCAGCCACGACUACCCUGGCGAGGGCAUCUACCUGCUCAAGUUCGACAACUCCUACUCCCUGCUGCGCAACAAGACUCUCUACUUCCACGUCUACUACACCAGCUGAAGGCCCGCUGGGAGAGGGGGCAGGCGGUGUUUGCUGGCUGGAGCAGGCUGCCAGCUGGGGCCUCUUGUUUUGGAUAGGCAAGAGCUAAAAGUUGAGCGUGGGGCUCCUGACCCUCACGCCCUGGCUGGCGUGCCUGACUGUUGACCCCAUGUAGCUUUUCCCGCUCCCAGGCUUCUGCAGAUGGUGGUGUAGUGCCCCUGUUCCGUGGUCCCUGACUCACGCUCUUCUGGCUUUAGACUCCAGCAAAAUCUCUCUUUGGAGGAAACCAUCAGGCAAAAGCCUGAAAGGAAGUUGGGUGUUGCCUUUUAAAAAUAGUUUUGUUUUGGUACAAGGUGUAUUAUUUCAGUUGCCAUUCUCUUCUCUUCCAGAGCUUUUAUUGCAGAUGUGUUUAGUGGCACCCACUCUCUUCACUUUUUGAAAGGGCUGGAAGAGAGCAAAGCACAUUGUCCAUGAAGGAGCCCAGUUUCCUGGAUGGAGAAAGCUCUGUCCAGCCUCUCACCACUGCCAUAUUCCCACCUGCUGUUUCUUUGUGGUCUCUGGCACAGGCUGGGAGCCCUCACUGCCUUUGGAGGGGUGUUAUUAGUCCUGAUGGUUUCACUCCACCUCUUUCUCUCCUCUUUUCCCUUUUCUAAGUCUGUGUCUUUGCCAUUACAGCAAGAACUUCCAUGCAAUCCAAAAUGAUGAUCACUGUAGUCUAAGAUCUUCUGGGAAGAAAAACUGCCUCCAUCACUUCCUAUUUCAAGAGGCACUGAUGAUCGAAGGGGAAAGGGUGGAAAUUAGGUACUGGAUUGAUGUCAGAACCCACAUUUUUGAAAGUCAAGUAUUACUAAAUUAUUUUUUUUUUAUAUAAUCAAAGAAGGAGGGGUACAAUCUGAGAGAGGAGGUUAAAAAAAACAAAUAAAACAACACUCCAGAUUCCCCACUUUUUUUUUUUUUUUUUUUUUUUUGGUCUUUAGUAGGUUUCUUGCAUUGAGGGCUCAAAGCUUUUGGUGUUCAAAGUCUCUCAGGAAAGGUGAUAAUGAAACUUCACUGUUGCUGUUGGUGUAUUUGUUCUUUAGUCCCUGGUGACCGCAUUUUCCACCCUGUGAGCCCUGAGGCCCAGGGUGCUGCAGCCAGUGUCACCAGAGCAGUGGGGUGUCCAGGCCCCCAGCGGAGGAGGGGGCAGAGAAGGGACCACUACGCUUAUGUGUCCCUCCUUCUUUCUUAUCCCUUGUGUCAAGCCUGUUACUGCCUUAGGAUUUUGAGGAAUAAUUAGAUUUAUUUAUUACUUUAUUUAUUUUUAAAGCACAUUUCAUUUUGCCUUUGAGACAGUUUCCGUCUGUUUCUCAGAAGGCUUCCAUCUGCUCUGAGCCAUUGAGGGCACCUCUUCUGUGGAGUUAAAGCUGACGAUUUCAGGAACAGUGGGGAAGGGAUGACAUUCCACUCCUGCAGGUCAGUCCUGUGAUGCUUUGGGAGGAGUCUGCCCCUGCUCAGAUGGAUGGAUUACGCCAGCUUACCCCAGCACUCCGUGUUAGGAAUUCUAGCUUGUGAGGGAAUCUGCCCAUUUGCCCCAGAUUGUGCAGAGGACUUGACUAGCCAACCAGAGGCAUCCUGUGAUUCUAGGACUUCAGAGUCCUUCGCCUGCUCUGAGGAGUCAGCUUCUUCACGAUGCUUCCUUUAGCUCAUUCAUUCCUUGUGUGGGUGCCUCACACCAAGCUUUCCCUCUGCACAGAAGCAGGAACUCCAAGAACAGGGCUUCUCACAAUAGGUCUGUAGUGGCACCUACGUUAUGAACAAAGGGCGAUAACAGCCGCACCUUCUGUUCCUCUGGGGGCAAAGCCCCAAGUAGGAGAGGAUGCUGUGGACCACCAUAGCAUCCCCAUCCUCUGAGCGGCCUCAUACCUCCAUUGUUUUAUAUUUGAGUGCAUUUUGUAGAGGAUUAUACUGGCCCAAAUUUAUACACCUUGUAAGAAGUUAGAAAUUAUUUUAGUGACUGCCUGUUUGGGCAGUGAAAGCAAACUUGCUGUGCGUCAUCCCAUCUGGUAACUGUAUGACUGCUCUUUUCAUCACUGAAGUUGAAUCAUGCCUUAGCUAAUUGAAUAGAAUCUUUAUAAAAUAAUUUUCUAUUGAGCUGUUUUCCAGUCAGCUAAAGCCUGGCUUAUUUUUCCUGUUCAUUAUUAACUUCCGACUUUCUCUUAAAAUGGAGCUGUCAGGCCGUUGGAAGCUCCCUGGGAUAACAUUUAUUGUUGUUUAUUUUUGCCAUCAGAGCCUGUACUUAUUUUCUUUGGAAUCCUAGUUCUGUUGCGUCAGGGAAGCCUGAGGGACUUGUUCCCAUCGCCUCUGUGUGCCUCUUACUGUCUGGUCACUUUUGAAGUCCUGGACAUUGUUACAUUUCAUUCUGUACUGGUGUUUCAUUAACAGUCAGUGCUUCUUUGAUCCAUUCACAAAAAAUAGGUAAAUUAAUUCACCAUCUAAUUAAUUCACUAUCCUAUAUUAAGUAUCUGAAAUUAGUGAACUUUAGGGACAAAAUAUUACUUACCAAACACAGGUAGUUACUGAGGAUUUCAUAGUCCACCAGACCCUAAGAGGUAGUCACUUCCUUAGUCUCUCCCUGUCUUGAGUUUACAGAACCAAACAAUCAAAUGAAAAUCAUUGCUUUCACCUUCACUGUCUUCUUUAGAGGAUAAAUAAAUAUUAACAUACAAUGGAAAGAAGGUACUUCACAGUAGGAGAGAGACUGGAAGUCUCUCUACAGAGUGGCUGAGGUCUUAAGUUUCUUCAGUUUGUUUAGUUUUGCUACUUUGUUGAGAGACGGGACUUUUAGAAAGUUUAGAGUAUUAAUUUUUCCCAACAUUUUAUUUUGAAAAAUUUUCAGCAAACAAAAUUUAAAAGAGGGCUUCCCUGGUGGCGCAGUGGUUAAGAAUCCGCCUGCCAAUGCAGGAGACACGGGUUCGAGCCCUGGUCCGGGAAGAUACCACAUGCCGUGGAGCAACUAAGCCCGUGCGCCACAACUACUGAGCCUGCGCUCUAGAGCCCGCGAGCCACAACUACUGAAGCCUGAGUGCCUAGAGACCGUGCUCCGCAACAAGAGAAGCCACUGCAAUGAGAAGCCCACGCACCGCAACAAAGAGUAGCCCCCGCUCUCUGCAACUAGAGAAAGCCCGCGCACAACAAUGAAGACCCAAUACAGCCAAAAAUAAAUAAAAUAAAAUUUAAAAAAAAAGAAUGUUUAAAAAAAUUUAAAAGAAGUAUAUAGUAAGCACCCUUAUGUAUAUCCAGCACAUAGAUUUUAAAAUUAUAAACUGCUAAUUUUUAAACAAAGAUGAUUCUGCCAUUCUGUUCCUUUUGACAGGUAUCCAAUAGAGUAUGUUCCCUGCACAGACAUCAGCUCUCCCAUGUCAGAGAGCUCCUGGUUUAUUAGCAAGAUUAUUUCACUCAAUGCCAGUUACCUGGGGAGGUGGUCCUCAUAAAAAUGUUUCUUGGUCUCCAUCUUUCAAAACUUAUGCUGUAUUUCCUCUCUCCCUCAGGCCAUAAUUUCUAAUGUUUUCUUCUCUAUGUGGCAUGUCAUAGUGAAGGUAAUUGUGAAACUGCUCUGGAAGGACUUUAUUCGAAUCUCUGUUGCUUUCCAACACAUCCUCAGGACUCUGAAAUUAAAACUCAAUCCUCAGAUAAUAUGUAGCUUUAAAAGGGAAGUAGGUAGCAACUUGAAAUUAGGCCAUUCAUAGUUAUUCUUUUCUUAACUGAUUCAUGCACUUUAAAAAUAUUUUUAUCUGUUAUUUAGGAAAGAAAAUCUUAGACUUUUAAAAAGUAUAUAUUGUCCCUUAUAAUAUGUAUAUGGAAGAGUUAAACCUGAAAGCUCACUGUCUUAUCUUGAUCACUGGGUUUAGAUAUUGUUGUAAAACAUCAUUUAGAGAAAAUAUGUGUUUGCAUGUUUUUGAUGAGCCCUAUCCAGUCCUUCUUUGAAAGAAUUAGGUGAAGCCCAAACGCUAAAGUCUGUAUUUUUGUAUUUAUUUUAAGACUGCUUUUCUGCAAAAGGUUGCCUUUUAACCCCAAAGUAUAAGGUUCUAAGGUACAGAGCGGAGUGACCCUAACAUUUACACAAAAGGCUAUUGUUUUGGAGGAAGGGGCAAGAGUGAAGCAGUUCAUGCAGCUGUGAACUGACUUUUUAUAUUGAGAGUAAGGAAUGAAAACAAUGAGAGGAAGAGAGAAAAGCUAUCAGAUGUAUCCCAGAAUUCUGCUCACAUUCCUGAUUUUGUGUAGUUCUUUAGUUUGCCUUUCAUCCGUUGGAAUUGUUCUUUAGGCCAGAAGCCUCACUGGUUCUCACUGUGCUUGUUGGAGAAAUCCCAAACCUACCUGUCUUUUCCAACAGGAUCGAACUUAGACAUAUUUUUCAGUAGGUCUCCUCUGCUAAGUGUAAUCCUGACCUGAAGAUUGAUUUCAUCUCUAUAUUCUCUGAGACUUGUGAGUCCAGUGCCAUGAAAAAAGAUGGUGAGUUUAGAAGGAGGCUAGAGGUGUAGGAAUCGCCAUCUUCUUUAAUCUGUGUGGGACAGUCAUACACACAGCAGGCAAUGGGACCAACCAAACAGACACAGUUUGUUCUUCCUUUUAGAGCUUCCAUUUAGACUUUCUCCCGGGUCUAAAAGGUCCACAUCAACCACUUUAACUAGUCUCUUUCCACCUGGCCAAACGUGUAGACCUUUUAGAAACCUGAAUUUGCUAGAAAAGGAAAGAGCACCAUCCAUGUAGAAUCUCAGUGGUUGAAAAGGGAAAGUGAGUUUCUGUCUGAAGGAAGGUGAUUUCAUUUUUUGUUGUUGUGAGGGGUAGCUUGUUAAGGGAUUUAUGCUCUUUAGCGAGCAAGUCAUUGUAUUCAUUGUAUUUGAUUGUGCUCAUGGAGCCAUGAUGCAUGAUUCUUUGGGGAGUAAAUAGGGAAUGGGUGUCUAAAACCAGUCACAAGUUGGGUGCUUUCCAGCAACCCAGUAGAUGGUGAAUAUUCCUUUGGCCAAAGUCCCAAUUUUCAUGCACAUGGGAUCCUGCCCCUAGGCCUUCAUUUCCACACAGCUGAGAGGUAAAGAGGGGGAUUAGGCCCCCCCCCUCCACUUCUCUUAUUUGUGGUAUUGUUUAGCGCUGGCAGCAUGGUAUCCAAGGCCUCAGUUUACCGGUUAACCAGAAUUAAAUAAUAACGUGAGUUGAGUAGAUAAAGGCGAUUAACCUAGGUUGGAAGUAGGGCUGAGGAGGGAUUUUGACUUAUAGUCCCACAUGGGGGUAGCUGGGUAACUCGUGUAUGACUGUGUGGUUGGAACUCUUAUUAACUUUACCAGGUGAGUGCAGAGGAUGUGACAAUGCUCUGCUGAUGAGGACAACAAAUUAAUUGAGUUGGCUAAGAAAUAGAGCAAGGCCUCCAUCUACGGGAAGUAGAUUCUGUCACUGGCUGUGAGUGGAAUCUCAGAGUGAGCGUGAGCUCUGCAGGUUCUCAGAGUCUGGCUUCAGAGCCCACCAAAGGAACCAGUCUUCUGUGGGCAGUGACUCUGGCUUUCUGCAAAGGAGAACCUUCUGGGAGUCGGUUCCUGGUGGUCUCUUUUCUGGGAAUGGGCGGAGACACCCCGGCAAGAGCUGCUUUGGCUCUCUUGGUACCUGGUUAUGGUCAGUGUCGCCCCUUUGCUCUCUCCAACCAGUCCAGCACCUGUGGGCAUUCCUUUGACAUCUACCCAGUUAUUUAGGCAGUGAGGUUAGGGUAGGAUUUGGGACCCAAAGGUGAGAGAAACUUUGCUAAGUAUUGCGUGGCCAGAUUUCAGAAAUCACUGCUCCCUCUGGUGUGUUGCAUGUCCCUGCUGGAACCAAGAAGGCCAAACAAAACUCCUCCUAUUUAAAAGUCUUACCACCAACCUGAGAAAACCCAAUUAAUUGCCUAAAGCCUUGAUAGUGGGGUUCAUUUACAGUCAGUCCUUCAAAAACUAAGUCCAAAGGCACAAGACUCUGGCUUUGAAAUUAUUUGUAGUCCCAGUCACUGGUUUGAACUCAUGAUCUGAUUUCUUUUAGUCCCCCAGGCAUGUGGACCAGAGUUAAUUUCAUGGCUGUUCUUCACUCUUAAGAGAUAAGGAAAAGGUGCCCCAGAAGUCUAGAGAUACAGGCUUUUUCAAAAUUAAAUUCCACAGUUUUCCGUCAUUUUAAGCAGAUAGUUUUGACUUACCUAGGGAUAAAAUAGUAUAUGUGAAAUGAUUUCCAGGGGACAAAAUGUAUUUUCUAAAUGUUCUGAUAUAGGGUCAUGAACAAUUGUUAAGUUUUGGUUUGCAAUAUUAUAGUAUAUGGGAUUACAGAAGAGCCCUUAACUCACCGUCAUGUAAAGGAGCUCUCUUCCUGAACUCUUUCUCUCACUCAGGUUUGAAAUGCCUCAUCUGUAAUGUUACCUGUAAGUGAUUGUUAUUGUUGGUUUUCAGGUUCAGGCAAGAAUCAUCUGGAAAACAUUAUCCUAAUUCCUUCUCCCAUGUCCUAAGCAGUACAUUUUACUCAGAAAUUCUGUAUUAAAAACACUAGCAGCCCUUUCUGAGAUUAUUGUCCCGUAAAUGAAUUUGUUUUUAUUUAAUCAAGUUGAAUUAUUUCCAUUUAGCCAUGUUCAAGAGCAAGUAAAGCCUGGAGAAAGCAAUCCAGUAACCCAUGAAUCUGGUGUACCCAUUUCCCUUAAUAAUGGGAAGUGUUUUGAAAUCCCCAGAAGAAAGCUGCUUUGUAAUUAAAGUGAUGGAUUAUAAGGAAGCCAGACUUUGGGUAAGGGUUUUCCUAAACUACUUUAUGCCAUUUAGCUUAUGUUUCUGAAAGGCCUGCUUUGGUGCCAUGCACUGAGAUCUAUCAGUUGAUUGAAAGAUGAUCACGCUUUCUUGGUAAAUAUUUAAGCAACAGGCAACCACAACGGCAUUCUUUCCUUAUCGUUCUGUAUCAUGCACUGAUGCUGACGUUACAAAAAGGGGUCUGGAAGGGAAACAGUGUCACAGUCUUUUCUUUAAAAUCAAAGUAUCCCAAGCAAUCGUUUAUUGAGGUCAGCUUGUUUUACAUGUACCCUAUCAUGAGGAAUGCUGUCAGCAUCUCCUAUGAUUUCUAAGAGCUCUUACCGAAAUUGUUAUUUGUUAUGUCCUGCUGAGUGGUUUUUCCUUUAAAACACCAUAUUUUUACCACCCUGUGGCACUGAAUGUGUUGCUGAGAUACAUAGAUGAUACUGAGCUAUGGUUCCUAAAAUAGCUCAGUUCUUGUGUUUUUAUAUUAUGUAACAGUUUUGUGAUGCUUUUAUGCAUUCUUUGUCUUCUCUUCCAAAUUUUGAAAUGUCAUAAAUAAACUUUUUCACUAUGCACCUGAAA